GCACCACCACAACAAGCGGACCUCACGUGUGACAACCUUCAUGUGGACGACUACAAUGUCAAAAGCACGUCUGUUUGUUGGAGGACUGAAUGAGAAGGUGGACAGAGAUGCACUAGGGUCAAGAUUGUCGCAUUAUGGGUCUGUGUCUGGCAUUGAAAUUAAGGAGAAAACUGAUUUUGAUGGAAAUGUAGUGUUUAGAUUUUCCUAUGUUAACCUAGAGGCACCACAGUCCCAGAUUGAGGAAUGUAUAAACCAUCUAAAUGGAGCCUCAUGGCAAGGUUCUCGCCUCAGAGUGGAGAUUGCAAAAGAAAGUUUCCUGGAUCGCCUCAACAGAGAGAGAGCGGCCUCACAACAACAACCACCUACACAUUCAGAAAAGAUAGACAAACUACCGGUAGUAUCAACUGUCAAGUCUCCAAAAGCAGUGAAAGAAAAUGAUGGGGAAACAGAUAGUAAGAGACCACAAAAAGAUUCUGAGGCAGAGGACAACACACAUCUGGAUAAAAAGAAGAAAAAGAAAAAAGAAAAAAGUUUAAAUAAUGGAAGUAUUGAAGAUGAAACAUCAGUGACUGAAUACGUAGGGAAGAUGAGUGAAAGCUCGAGAGAGAAAAAGAAGAAGAGAGAACGUGAAGAAGAAAGUUUUGAAACUGAACCACCAGCUAUAGCAGAAUAUAAGUCAAAAAAGAAAAAUAAAUCUGAAGAGAAAAUGAUGUCAAGCUUUAAGAAGUUUAGCUCUGUAUGGGCCGACUCAGACUCUGAGAACACUGAUGACGGGGAAGCAGAUGGUGUACAUGUUGGUGAUGUUAUGGGUAAUGGUGGUGAUCAAGGCAUCCACACUAACCAGAAACCUGCCAAGGUAUCAUCAGUAAUGUCAGCCACAGUGCACAAGACACCAAAGAGCAAAAAAAUUAAUGGUGUAGGAGACGAUAAUGACAGUGAUGCUACAAUUGAUGAUGAUGAUGAUGCAGAUAUUGUGCAAGAUUUUAGUGACGUCAGAGAUGAGCAACAAGCACAGUUAAAGAUUCUGGCUAAUUUAGAGGGCCCAGGCAGAGGUUCCACUAAAUCAAAGAUUGAAGGAUCUGCACCAGCAAUUAAGCCUAUCACAAGAUAUGACCCGACACUGACUAGCCACCAGCAGUUUAGAAUAUCUGUACAGCCAUCAUCACAGAAGCAGGAGGUGAAAGGAAGUGAGAAGUCGGAUCCAAGUGGGGAGAGCAAGUAUGUGAAGGUAGCUAAAGAUCUCACCUUUGGUCAAAGUUCUUCAGGAUUCAGCUUACUGGCACAAUUUUCUGAACAAAGGAAAGAAACAAGAGAGGAGAUCGAGAGUGAGGAAGAAGUGAUUGCACCUAUAGUUGCACCAUCUAAACUCAUCACUGCACAACAACACACAAAGAAAAAACCAUUCUUCAUACAACCCUAUGAUGAAAAGAUUGAAGCUGCUAUAAGCUGGAUGGUUCAGUCACUCACCGAGGAAGUUCGUAGUGAGUUCGCGGAAGUUCAACCUCAGCUUAGGCAUUUGUACAAGACUCGGGCAGUUAGGGCGAAUAAAGAAAAAAGAAAAUUAAGCUCUCGUAGUCAUCAAAUGUUGAAGAGGAAGAGAGGCACAGGAAGUAGAAAUCCUUAUCGUGAUGAAAGAUGGAGAGAGAGAGGUUUGAAGAAAUAGCUUUUUUGUACAGUAUCUGUACAGAGUUAAUAAACUAUUAGUAAUGUAAAUCACUGUUUAUUGAUACAAAUUGAUUUGUUUAUUGCAGAAUAUCUGGGCUUCGUUUGUAAAGAAAUGAAAAUCGCAAUAAAUAAUGUUUUUUACUGGA